AUGACUCAUACAAAGCAGACUGCCCACAAAUCAACCAGUGGUAAAGCACCAAGGAAGCAACUGGCUACCAAAGCCGCUCCAAAGAGUGGGCCCUCUACUGGAGGGGUGAAGAAACCUCAUCGUUACAGGCCUGGUACUGUGGCACUUCGUGAAAUUAGCUGUUAUCAGAAGUCCACUGAACUGAUUCGCAAACUUCCCUUCCAGCGUCUGGUGCGAGAUAUUGCUCAGGACUUCAAAACAGAUCUGCGUUUCCAGAGCACAGCAACUGGUGCUUUGCAGGAGGCUAGUGAGGCCUGUCUGGUUGGCCUUUUUGAAGACACCAACCUGUGUGCUCUCCAUGCCAACGUGUAA